CGGUGACUUAAAUCGAGCGCACCACGUAGUAGUGAGGAAAGAAACUGUGAAAGGCGUUUGGCGCGGUUGGUAGACGAGCUGCUGACAGGAGAGGGAGAGGGACCGUGGUCAGAGCUGCCGUCCAGCUCCUGUGUCAUAUAUUCUGUAGAAAGAAGCGUGGGUUAAAGAGAUAACUCGUAUAUUUACUAAGAGAUAGUAAGGUGCUUUAAUUGAGUUUGUUUUCUCAGUAUUCACCAGUCAGUCGUCUAGCCAAGCUUUGCCCUGCGCAGGCGGAAACAGCUCGAAAAUGCCUCCCGUGGAAAAUGACACCGGCAAGACUGAACUCAAGUCUCGGAUACAGCAGCUCAUUGACACCAAUCAGGUCAUCGUCUUCAGCAAAAGCUACUGUCCGUACUGUGUAAAGGUGAAAGACCUGUUCAAAGAGCUGAAGGUGGAUUGCAAUGUGGUGGAGUUGGAUCUCAUUGAGGAUGGAACCAACUACCAGGACAUGCUGCGGGAGAUGACGGGACAGAAAACCGUCCCUAACGUCUUUAUCAACAAGACGCACCUCGGCGGCUGUGACAAAACCAUGCAGGCCCAUAAAGACGGCAGCCUGCUGCAGCUACUAGAGAACGAAGCCUACGACUACGACCUCAUCGUGAUUGGAGGAGGAUCUGGAGGCCUGGCCUGCUCAAAGGAAGCUGCUGCAUUGGGGAAGAAGGUCAUGGUUCUGGACUAUGUCGUACCCACACCAAAAGGAACCAGUUGGGGUCUCGGCGGCACCUGCGUCAACGUCGGCUGCAUCCCCAAAAAGCUGAUGCACCAGACGGCCCUGCUCGGCACGGCACUGCAGGACGCCCGCAAGUUCGGCUGGGAGUUCGACGAGACAGGUGAGGCCCCAGAGCAACGACCCAGGAGGUCACGGAGGGGGGACAUCGGACCGGCUUGCCGCGUCAAACACAACUGGGAGACGAUGAAGACAGCGGUGAACAACUACAUCGGCUCAUUGAACUGGGGCUACAGGGUGGCACUGAGAGACAAGAAUGUCAACUAUGUCAACGCCUAUGCAGAGUUCAUUGAACCACACAAAAUCAAGGCGACAAAUAAACGAGGGAAGGAGACGUUUUACACAGCGGCCAAGUUCAUCUUAGCCACAGGAGAAAGGCCGCGCUACCUCGGUAUCCCUGGAGACAAGGAGUACUGCAUCACCAGCGACGACCUCUUCUCGUUGUCUUACUGCCCGGGGAAGACCCUGGUGAUCGGGGCGUCCUACGUGGCUCUGGAGUGCGGGGGCUUCCUGGCGGGCCUGGGUCUCGACGUCACCGUCAUGGUCCGCUCCAUCCUGCUGAGGGGCUUCGAUCAGGACAUGGCCAACCGAGCCGGCGAGCACAUGGAGGAGCACGGGGUCAAGUUCCUCCGAAAAUACGUCCCAGUAAAGAUAGAGGAGCUGGAAGCAGGCACUCCUGGCAGGCUGAAGGUGACAGCCAAGUCCACAGAAACCGAUGAACUCCUGGAGGGAGAAUACAACACUGUGUUGAUAGCAGUGGGCAGAGACGCAUGCACAGACAAAAUCGGCCUGGACAAGGCAGGGGUCAAAGUCAACCCCAAAAAUGGAAAGAUUCCAGUCAACGAUGAAGAGGAGACCAACGUGCCCCACAUCUACGCCAUCGGAGACAUUCUGGAGGGCAAGUGGGAGCUGACACCCGUGGCCAUCCAGGCUGGCAGGCUGCUGGCACGACGCCUCUACAACGGCGCCACACUCAAGUGUGACUACAUCAACGUCCCCACCACUGUCUUCACCCCACUGGAGUACGGCUCCUGUGGCCUUUCAGAGGACAGAGCCAUCGAGCUCUACGGGCAGGAGAACAUCGAGGUCUACCACAGUCUGUUCUGGCCUCUGGAGUUCACCGUACCCGGCAGAGACAACAACAAAUGUUACUCCAAGCUCAUCUGUAACAAACUGGACAAUGAGCGAGUGAUCGGCUUCCACUACCUGGGUCCAAAUGCAGGAGAGGUAACGCAGGGCUUCGGAACAGCCAUGAAAUGCGGCGCCACUAAAGAGCAGCUGGACGGCACCAUCGGCAUCCACCCGACCUGUGCUGAGAUCUUCACCACUCUGGACGUGACCAAGAGUUCGGGCGGAGACGUCACCCAGGCCGGUUGCUGAGGUUAAACCCUGCUCGUUUAGCGGGCUGCUCUCAUGUUAAAAACCGACCGACCCCUAACACCUCUCUCUCUCCCCCUCCCUCUCUGAGCUCACCUUCACCUCCACGCUGUUUCUCAGGACAAACCUAACACGGCUGGAGCGGCUCACUGAGGGUGUGUGUGGGGGGGUCUCUAUCUCCCUUUUGUUAAGGUGGUUUUUAAUAAUGAGGGCAGCCUGCUGAACAGCGGGGUUACUCUGCUGAUACUACCGGGCUCCACCAGUGUGUUAUGUUUUUUCUCAGAGGAGCACCAGCACACACACACACACUGCACCUCUGAGUGUGUAUGUGAGUGUGUGUGUCUGGACUGUUUUUGACGUCCUCACCCGUAACCCAAAAUAUUGAGGUGGGCGAGGAUCGAUGUACCUCUGCGGAAGCACCUGAUGGUGGUCCGAAACCCUUCGUCCAACACCCCCUUGUCCCCCCCCCCCAUUAUAAAGACUGAAAUUGACUUCAUUAAAACAGAUUAAAACAAAGGUUUGAACAGAUGGAUGCUCCACUCUGAACCUCUCAUCCAGCUCCUGAAGGAAACAAUAGAAACUGGUGUGUGUGCGUGUGUGUAGAUGAAAAUGUCAUCAUGUCUCUUCUGUUGAGCUCUAAUCAUUCCACACAUUCCAGCUUACCAGGAUCUGAAGAUGAAUUUGAGGUGUGUGUGUCUGUCUAUCUGUCUGUCUGUGUGUGUGUGUAGAGGUUUCACUGCCUUUUUAAAAAAGGACACACUUGACCAGUGAAGUGUUAAAAAGCUGGUUCUGGACAGAGGGGAUCAAGAGCUGGCAGACCUUCACCUUUCAAACCUCUGACAUCAAAAA